GCGGGGCGCUCUCGCUGCGGGGCUCGGGGCACUCGCGAGACUAAAACGACAAAAAAAAACAUGCUUUAGUAGAUAUGAUUGAGACUGUUGCGUAGACAGAACAGAUCGGUGUAUAAUGAAUGCAGGGAUGGUGGUUAUAAGCGGAGCAAUGCGGUCCCUUUGUUGCCUAUGCGUUGCACUCUGCCAUCAACCUUCAGCUGCACCCAUUCCCCACCACCUGGCAACACCUUCCCUAUAUACAGGCACGCACUCCCCUUCUUCGCCUAUGCAUAUGCACGUCCCAGAUCGCAGCAUGUACACCCCAUGCCGUCGAUCGGGACAUACCAUAUACAGCAGGCUUGAAAGGGUGCCCGAUUGCAACAUCGCUAGAUAAGAGAAAUUCGACAGUGUCUGGAACUUACCAGGUGACCGGACUUGUUGCAGUUGAAGCAGGUCUUCUCGGCGCGCUCGUUGGUGCAGUCGGCGGCACGG